AUGCAGCUUACGAAAAUACUUCAUAGUAACUUGAAGUUUACUUUGGUAAGUCAGAAAAUAAUUUUAUAACAUACUAACUCUAAGCCUAGCUAGUUUUCUAAGUCUACUAAGCCUAAGCUUACGAAGUUUAAGCAUACUAAGAAAAAACAUUUAAACGCUAAGCCUACUAAGCCUAAGCCCACUAAGCCUAAGCCCACUAAGCCUAAGCCUAUUAAGCCUAAGCCUACUGAGCCUAAGCCUACUAAGCCUAAGCCUACUAAGCCCAAGCCUACUAAGCCUAAGCCUACUAAGCCUAAGCCCACUAAGCCCAAGCCUACUAAGCCUAAGCCUACUGAGCCUAAGCCUACUAAGCCUAAGCCUACUAAGCCCAAGCCUACUAAGCCUAAGCCUACUAAGCCUAAGUCUACUAUGCCUAAGUCUACUAUGCCUAAGCCUACUAAGCCUAAGCCUACUAAGCCCAAGCCUACUAAGCCUAAGCCCACUAAGCCUAAGCCCACUAAGCCUAAGCCCACUAAGCCUAAGCCCACUAAGCCUAAGCCCAGUAAGCCUAAGCCCACUAAGUCUAAGCCCACUAAGCCUAAGCCUACUAACCCUAAGCCUACUAACCCUAAGCCUACUAAGCCUAAGCCUACUAACCCUAAGCCUACAAAGCCUAAGUCUACUAAGCCUUAGCAUACUAAAAUCAUAAUUUAAUCAACCAGCUGUAAUGUAGGAUAAGAUAGCAUAAAGCAUUGGGACACGUUUUACCUUGAAGAAACUAAUCAAAAUUUGUACGGCAUUACCUAAUAUUGAUGUUAUAAUAAGAUAGCCUUAGAGAAAUUGAAAUAAAUGAUAUUACGCAACUUUUUUUUAUGUAAUCUUAUGGUUUUAUAUAAUACUUGCCUCGAUGUAAAACGACCCAAGAAAUGACUGCGAGUGCUGGGAUUUGGCUCUAUUUUCCUGCGAGGGAUCAAUCUUUAUGUGUUACUCGAGUAUCCCUGAUUUUGAAAAAAUAGUACGCUUGAGACUUUUAAGCCUCAGCAAGCUGAGCUUAGAACUACUAAGUCUAAGCUUAUUAAGCUGAAGCCUACUGCCCUUAAGUUCAAACUUAACAAUCAUAAGCUUUGUAAAGUUUAAAACAAGGCCUUACAUAAACAAAGCCUUCCAAGCCCAAGAAAUUUUUAAAAAAUCCUAUUAAGCUAACUAAGCUUAAGCCUAAGUACGCCGUGCCUAAGCUCACUAAGCUCAAGUCUACUUAACAUAAGUUUACUAUGCCCAGACCCAAUCAGUCUAAGCCUACUGAAAGUAAGCCUACUAUCCUAAACUUACAAAUUGUGAGCUUACUAUCUACAGGCUACAAAACAAAAACUUACUAAUUUUAAGCCUACUAAGCAUAAGCCUACUGAAGGUAAACUGAUUUAGCCCAAUUCUGCAUAUCUUAAACGCUCACCUAAUAUUACUAAGUCUAGUAAGCCAACAACUACUAAGUACAAACCCCUUGUGUCUAAGCCUACAGUGUCUUAGCUUAUGUUUUAUUCUAAACCUAAAAUAAAGCCUACUACUUGAAAACUUAAUUACAGAUGUUCUUAUCAAUAAUUCUACGCUGCCUAACCUUCACCAGAGCAAUAGCAGAUCUAUUCUACACUGCCGUGAACUCAUCAGCAACCACCUACUAUAUAUGUCGCUGUAUGAGUUUUCUAAACCUAUUCUCCAUGGGAUUCGUUCAAUUAUCAUUUGCAGCUUUGGUUAUUGAACGAGCCAUGGCCACAAUAUACCAUUCUGACUAUGAGAGUUGGGGUAAUAAGUUGGCCAAGCUUUUAACAGCUUUAUUCGCUGUCAAUGCUUUCGUAUUUUGUUUGGUAUGCUUCUUGUUAGAGACUUAUGGAGUUGUUAAGGAACAGACACAGUUUCCGACGUGUGUGGUGUUGUUCAAGGUUCCAGAGUUUUUAAUUUACAGGUAUAGUGCUUUAAAGAAUUUUAGAUAACAAAAAAAAUUGUUAUAUACUUGUUUUUGUUAGUCAAACGUAUUUUACAUUAAGCCUACUAAGGCUAAGCCUACUAAGCUUAUGUCUACUGAACCUAUGCUUACUAAGCAAAAGCCUACUAAGUCUAAGCCGGCUAAGCCUAAGCCUACUAAGCUCAAGCCUACUAAGCCUAAGCCUACCAAGCCUAAGCCUACUAAGCCUAAGCUUACUAAGCCUAAACCUACUAAACCUAAGCCUACGAAGCCUAAGCCUACCAAGCCUAAGCCUACUAAGCCUAAACCUACUAAGCCUAAGCCUACUAAACAUAAGUUUGCUAAGCUUAAGCUUAAUAAGCCAAACCUUAGUAAGCCUAACCGUACUAAGCCUAGGCUUACUAAGCCUAAACCUAAGACUAAGCCUACUAAACCUAAACUUACUAAUUUUAGUUACAAGAGCUUCACUGAACAAGUAAAACUAUGUGCUUCCUCAAAAUAAAAAAAAUUUUCAGCUGGCUCAUCUUCGGUACUACAAUGUUAAUAGGUGCCGGACCAAGCAUAUGGCUCUAUUACUACAAUAAAAAGAUGUGUUAUAGAAGAGCUUGUGGCACAUUAACAACAAGGUUUACAUAUCAUGACAAUGUGGUUGUGCUGCGAAUUUAUGCGCCAGUUAUUGUAUUUGCAGUGUUUGGAAUCGGGACAGUAUGCAUCGUCAUUAUAUUCUUUACUGGCAUACAGUUACUGCAUAAUGAAGUUUUGUCUAGGGAUAUUUAUACGUUGUUUAAGGUAGGUUUGUUUGGAGUACACCUAAAAAGGGAACGCUAGGCCGAGCUGAAUCAAAGUUUAAAAGUGUCAAAUCGGCAAAUUUCGCUCCGUGAGCCGAGGCCCAUACCGAAGCAUAGAUGCCCAACUAGGUCUUGCAACGAAUGACUUGACUUGCGAUAAAACAAAAAAAUUGAAACUGAGUUAAGUUGAAAAAAAAAUUUAAAAAAGCGGAGCCAAGACGGUUGCGACGCCAACGUAGCGAGAGUAUUGAGACGAAGUGAAUAACCUUGUAGGGGCAAGGCGAGUGGGCCAAGAGGGCCCCGGAUUCACUCAUCUAUGAUCGGAAGGAAUAAUGUCUCUUUUGUAGCUCAAAUGGUAGAGCAAUCGCCUAAUAAGCGAGAGGUUACGGGUUCGACUCCCGUCGAAGGUAGGCGUUUUUCCUCCCGGUCUUAGUAUCGCACCGUAGUAUGCCAGUUGCCACGCGCUGCGAAUCUUUAAAUAGGCCGGGCCGGCACAUGAAGGCCGGAGAGCCAGAAUGCAAACCAUAGACUCCAGGUACCCAGCGUGGGUUCCAGAAGGUUAAAACUAUUUACUUAAGACUACUUAUUAAGACCAGACUUCUUUUUAAGGCUAUACUGAAAAGAGGGCCACCCGGCCCCGGGCCGGGCUCAAGCGAAUUUUAAAGGGACCGGGCCAAAAAAAUUCUAAAGCUUGAUCUUUAUUAUAACAAUCCUAACCCACUUAUACUUCACCUUUCAGUGCACCUUCCUACUAACAGACGUAGCAGCAAUAAGUAUCGAAAUGGUGUUGGUACGAUUUCAUCCGAGUUUAUGGAACAACGUUAAGAAGUCAUUUCCAUGCAUAUUUACACAACAACUUCAAUCAACUGCACCUAUUGAUGUCGUGCAUGAGACCAACGUUUACUUUGGACAGCUUCAUGCUGCGUGGAAAUGA